UACGUUGUCUGACAAGAUCACAGGUAACUGCACUGAUCCAAUGAACUUUGUGACUCCUCUUGAUGGUAGUAUAUUCAACUUUACAAGCAUUACACUCCAAGAAACAAUAGAUGCACUCAAUGAAAUUAAAACUAAGAAAUCUCCAGGGCUUGAUGGUAUUAGUAUAAGGUUACUAAAAGAUGCAUCUAACAUUGUGGCAGGACCACUAGUGAACAUAUUCAAUGUAUCCCUUCAAAGAGCAAUUUUCCCUAAUGAUUGGAAAUUAGCAAAGGUGACCCCCAUAUUUAAAGAAAGAAAUAAGGCAGACUGUGAAAAUUAUAGGCCAAUAUCUGUUAUUUCAGCUGUAGCUAAACUUUUCGAAAAACUGGUAUACCUGCAGCUAAGUUCAUUCUUGAGGUUGAAUGGCAUUCUUGUGGAACAGCAGUCUGGCUUCCGUCAUCAACAUUCUACUGAAACUGCACUGCUUAGUUCUACAAAUGAAUGGUUGUUCAAUAUGGACAGAGGUUUACUUAGCGGAGUUUUAUUUCUAGACCUUAAAAAGGCUUUUGAUACUGUCGACCAUCAUAUUCUUUUAUCAAAGCUUGAAUUAUAUGGUAUCAAAGGAACUAGCCUAAAAUGGUUCGAAUCAUACGUUUCUGGUCGAAGCCAAAUAUGCUCUGUGAAUGGCAAGAUGUCAGCUGUUAGACAAAUAAAAUGCGGGAUACCUCAGGGCUCUAACCUUGGGCCUAUUUUAUUCCUAUUGUACAUAAAUGAUCUUCCUAACUGUUUAGAGACAACUAAAGCAAAUCUUUUUGCUGAUGACACAAGCCUUUCUUGUAAAGGGUUUAGUCCAUAUGAAAUUGAGAUCAAACUUAAUAAAGACAUUGAAAAUGUUCAUAGGUGGUUGACAGCUAACAAGCUCUCAUUAAAUAUGAAAAAGAGUGAAUUUAUGAUAAUAGGAUCAAGACGUCGCUUAGCUUCAAUUGAAAAUAGCCCAGUACUAACAUUAGGGGGAAACAACAUUAAGCGAGUUUACCAAAAAAAGUCACUAGGCAUGAUCCUUGACGACCAGUUAAAAUGGAAUAAACAUAAUGAAAUGCAAUGUAAAACAAUUUCAAAUAAUAUCGCCCUGCUGAAAAAAGCAAAAUUGUUUGUCAAUAGAGAUAGUCUGAUAAAAAUCUACAAUGCCUUAGUGUGGCCUCAUUUCAAUUAUUGUUCAACAAUCUGGAAUGAUGGAUGUUGUUCGAUAAUUGAUAAAUUGUUUAUACUGCAGAAGAGAGCAGCGCGUGUGAUAACAGGGGACACAUACGAGGUUCGUUCCAUGCAAACGCUAGAUAGUCUUAAUUGGCUUCCAAUAGAAGAACUUCUAAAACAACGACAGUUAAUAAUGACAUUUAAAGUACUAACUGGUCGAUUACCUCGAUACCUUGAAAAAUUGUUUUCAGUAAGUCAAAAUGACAAUUACAAUCUAAGAAGCAAUCAAAUUAAAUUGAACCUACCCAAACCUAAGACAAAUUUUCUCAAACGAAGUUUCUCGUAUAGAGCUGCUAAGUCCUGGAACGAACUUCCAAGUGAAACUAUUGAAAAUUAUAACAAUCUUUCAACUUUGUCGUUUAAACGGCAAUUACUUAAUUCAUCCGUAUCAAUUCAUUGUAAAUAGUUAUAUUCUUUUUGUCCUUUUUAUAUUAUUGUUGUAAACACACGGCCCUUUGAAAACCAGCGCUGUAAAUAUUAUCUGCUGAACAGGCUACCGUGUUUAAAUAAUUUUAUUAAAGAUUAAAGAUUAAAGAUUAAACCCGCUAAAGUAGGUCUGCAUAGGAGACUAGUAGUUAACUCGGUUCUAUAAAAAAGUGGUUAGCGUAUAUUGUAGUUAAAACGUAGUUAAAGUUAAUUUGCAAUGCUUUAGGGUAUCAUUAACUUCUCAAGACGUAGUUAAAAAUGGCUCUUGUAUUGGAGGGAACAACAUUUUUCAGUAAAACAACAAUGAAAAGUAAUGCUUACCUGGGAUUUUCAAUCCCUAUCUUCCCUGUGAAUGUUUUCUGACAGUAUAAACUCUUCAAACGCUAUCGCUUUGGUUUUUCGGCGAAAACAACAUAUAUUUUUGCACGGGAAGAUUUCUCGAAGACGACGUAGAGCCCAUUACACGAAGAAACAUGAUAUACAGGGUGUAUCAAAAAAAGCGCAAUCCUCGACUGAAAUGUAAAUUGCUAAACAAAUAAUAGACGAAAACGUUAAAGUUUACAUUCAUUUUAAAGCGUAGCCAUUCAGCUUUCUAACAGUGGGUUGUUUCUUAAAUUUGACUCAUUGGUUCGCGGAUAAUAAUACUUUACGUUAUUGCGAUUGGAGAUUAAAAAAAUUGAGAUGGAAUAACAAAUCGUUCUCAUGAAAAUAACUGAUUUUUUCAUUAAAACAAAAAAUGUUGCAUUUUAUUAAAUGGAUUGUAACAAUAAGUAUAAUUACGGCUUUUCUUCCACUAUUUUUAACUCAGUUUGAAACUUCAAAUGCGAUAUAAUUUUGGCUUGGACCAUCUAAGCUGACUGACAUCAACUUGCUAUAAUUUCUGUUUACAUUACAUCGCAAUUCGAUGACACUCUGGCUCAGACACCAGAAUGUUUUGACGAUUUUUAGCAUUCGUUUAGGAUUUUCAAACAACCUGGUCUCUUUUAAAAUACUUUUAAUUUGUUCUUACGUGGUUUUCCAGAUGUAGUGACGACAACAUUAAAGUUUAAAGAAGAAAAUUCUAACAUUUAAAUCGACUAAACAAUAACAUAGUAAACUUGCAUAAUUAAACAGCAACUAAAAAUGAUAGGUUUUACUAAAUCUUUUCCUCUGCAAUUACUACUAGCAUUGGAGACAGGAUAAUAGUUUAUUUGAAAGAGAAAAGAACAGGCUUUGAAGUAAGCCUAAAAGCGUUUAAUUAGAAAUAGUAUUUCGAAAGUUAUUAAGCACAAAAGAUGAAUUGCGUUUAUUUUGAUACACCCUGUAUAAUUGCCAAGCAGUUACACUUUGGUUUAACGUAGACAUCUCAAGUAAAAAUGGCCUUCUUCGUUGAUUUUUUUCUUGUUUCCUAGUUUAUUUUUCACUGUUUUGAAUAAAAUUCCCGCCUAUUUUCAAAAUGCGAGUCCACAAUCGUGUUAAAUAUGCUUGUCAGCGGUCGUUAGUCGCUGCUUACUUUAUGUAAUUUUCUGUUUAAAACGCCCAACGCAAGUUAACUACGUGUUAGUUAAUCAUCCUACAAACUACGUUUUGUGCAACGCAAUUAAGUCGUGUAGUUAGCUAAUCAUAGUUAAGGUUUUAACUACAGUGAUUAACGCUAAUUAUAGUUAAAUUUAACGACGUUUUUAUACAACCGGCCCCUGCUCUUGUUUUGAUAAAUUGCAUACUACGAACAAUGGGAUUAUUCCAAACAAUGUGAACAAUGGGGGUGAAUCAAAUUACAACUUAACAAAUGACAAGCAAGUAAGUGUCUGCAAUGUAAACGAGGGCGAGACGAAGACCCUAUUAUCCCGGUAAACCCAUUAAACCUCGUUGAAAGUGAUAACGACGAUCUAAAGCAUAAGGAUAUCGAUAAUGUUAAUAACCCCAUUGUGUCUGCAGAAGUGGCAACCUCUAUUAAAUACGAUAAUAAACAAGUAAGAAACAACAAUCAAGCCACUUUUGCGGAGAUAGUGGCAUCCAGCUUUGCAUUUAAUUAGUGACUCUGCUGACGGGUUUAUUGGUGUUGAUCGGAAGAAAUUUCUGUUAAAUUAAGCGGGAUAGCCGAUAACGUAAAAUAAUGUCAAAUUGUUUCCUAUCGGCAAACAACGGAAUAUAACACCUUCAUAUAUCUCCGUUUUUCCAAGCAAAAGAAUAGGUACGACAUCGGCUAAAAUUCAUUUUCGUUCUGCUGAUUGUUCGUUAGUGCAACAACAAAAUUUCUGCCCUCAGUUUGUCAACUGCAAGACUUGGCAAUCACAAGGAGAAAUUAGAUCUAAUAUUACCCAUAACGGGAAGUACUCAACUUAUGUAUAAUGGAGCAAAUAGAAGACCGAGUUUCAUCGCGUAAUUUUGGUUGCCGAGUGAGGCAAUGAAGACGUAAGGAGACGCGAGGUGUCAAUUAUAACAAUCUAACCCGUAUUAGAUGUACAAAUAAUUAUAAUGGAAAAAACAAAAACAAAAUAAAGCUAUACUCCCGAAAAGUUGCUGCUUGAACGCACGCUCAAUUAAUAGAAAGGUUGAUGAACUUGCAGCAUUUAUGUCCGUCAACAAAGUUCAUAUGGCUGCAAUUACGGAGUCUUGGUUGACUGACGAGAUCUGGGACGAUCAAAUAUCGAUUGGUGGGAAGGACCGGACGCAUGGUCGUGGGGGUGAGGCGUGCGCUUAUGUGUCUCAGCAGAUGUCCAUUACGCGAUACGUGGAAUUAGAAGAUUUAAAUCUGGAGAGUAUGUGGUUGUGGGCUCGACCACCACGCCUAUAAUCCACCAUAUAACCCAGGCCACCGGACAAAAGUGUGCAAGAACAGAGGGAACCUUGCGAUUACCUUGUGUCCUCUAUUGAUAGUAUACGCUCUAAAUACCCUGAUUGUGGCAUAGUCGUUUUAGGCGAUUUCAAUCAUCUCAAUAUACAGGAUUUAGUUAUAAGUCACAACCAGAAAUGAAUGGUUUAGCGGAAUUGAACUCAAUCCAUCGCCGGAUGAGUUGGCAUCAUCCUUUACCAAUGAUAUGAGCACUGCAAUCGAUAAUUUUUUUCCAGUGAACACAAUCAGAUUUCAUCCACGGACAAACCAUGGAUUACUGGGCACAUAAAGUAACUUUUUAAAGAGCGCCAACGUGCUUUCCAUACAGUCGACGCGCAAUUGUGGCGCCAAUAUAGACGGAAGAUCCAGAUACGAUUCACCCUCAUGAGGUUUGUGGUAAGCUCUUGAAACUUCAGAGUAAUAACACUAUAGGCCUGGACAGCAUUCCAUCACGAAUUUUUUAUCGAAAGUACUCGAAGAUCUUGUGGUUAGUUGGAUGGUUGAGGACAUAGGCGGACAAAUCGAUAAUCGUACGUCAGUAUGGCAGCCUGAAGGGAACAUCUACCACCCUUUGUCUUCCAGAUCUUAUCCACUACUGGCUUUCUAAAAUGGACAACCCAGGUCAUUACCUUAGAACUUGCUUUCUGGACUUUAGCAAAGCUUUCGAUAGAAUAG